AUUGCGAGAAGACAGCAUUCAGGUGCAGAAGCUUUCUUGUGCUGUAGUUUACACUGCAGCAGAUUUUCUCAGAGAUGCAGCUGUCACUGGCUCAACUGUCCUUCUCUGGGACACUCCUUUUGCUGACAUCAUCAAAUCUGCUCCUUUUGGAUCAUGUGUCCUCCUCACCAAGUUCCCUUUUGUCCUCUGGAAGCCUAUACCAAUUUGUGGUCGAACUUUCUCACUACACCCACGAUUUGGCCUCAAAAGUCUUCACUGACUUUAAUAUGAAGUUUGGUAGGAGUGUUUGGAAACAGAGCCUGAUGAUAAGCACAUGCCACACUGCUGCCCUCCCUGCUCCAGAAAACAGAGAACAAGUCCACCAAACAAAAUCGGAAGACCUUCUGAAAGUGAGCAUCUGUAUUCUACAAGACUGGUAAGAUCCUGUGAAGCUCAUGGUAAUUAUAGUGGCUAGGCUUCCGGAUGCAUCUGAUGUUAUGAUCUCAAGAAUCAAGGAGUUGGAGGAACGAAUUCUAGGCCUUCUGGAGGGAUUAAAGAUCAUACUCAGCAGGAUUCAGCCUGGAGCUGUUGAAAAUGAAAACAGUUUCUGGUAUGGAUUGUCAGAUUUGGAUUCGUCAGAUGAAGACACUCGUAACAUCGCUUUGUACAAUCUCGGCCGCUGCUUGCGCAGGGAUACACAUAAAGUUGACAAUUUUCUCAAGGUCUUGAAGUGCCGAGAUGUUCAUAACAACAACUGCUGAGCUUAUAGCCUUAUCUUCUGUCAUGGAGAAGGCCUUUAAUAAUCCAUGCUUUCAAAGCUCCAUUGAAUCUUUACCUUUUGGUGCAUUCUUAGGCAUAAUGUGUAUGUUAUUCAAAAAUAAACAUUGACUAUUUGAAA